AUGGGUCUGCUCCUGAAGAUUUUCAUCCCCUUGCUGGGACUGGCGCUGGCCUUUUAUUUUUAUUCAGCACCCGAGGAUUUCAGUGAAGAGAUGCUCCGGGGGAAACGAGUGAUUGUGACAGGAGCCAGCAGCGGCAUCGGGGAGCAGAUGGCAUAUCACCUGGCACGCAUGGAGGCCCACCUACUGCUCACCGCGCGGACAGAGGCUAAGCUGCAGAAAGUUGUGGAGCAGUGCCUCAAGCUGGGUGCUGCGUCCGCCCGCUACGUGAGCGGCUCUAUGGAGGACACCACGUUCCCCGAGGUGGUGGUGAAGGAGGCUGAGAACACCUGGGGAGGCCUCGAUAUGCUCAUCCUAAAUCACAUCGGUUACACCUACUUCAACUACUUCAAUGGGGACGUUGGGCACGUACGAAAACUCCUAGAGAUCAACUUCCUCAGCUACGUGGCGAUGACCACGUCUGCCCUGCCCAUGCUGAAGGAGAGCGAGGGCAGCAUCGUAGUAGUUUCAUCCAUGGCAGGUAAAACUGGCACCCCAUUUACAGCUCCCUAUUCUGCAACUAAGUUUGCCUUAGAUGGAUUUUUCAGCUCCUUGCGACAUGAAUUCAUCAUAGACAAGGUCAAUGUCUCCAUCACACUGUGCGUCCUGGGCUACAUCAACACAGAGAACGCCAUGCGAGCGGUCUCGCACGCCAUCCAGGACACGCCAGCACCGAAGGAGGAGUGUGCGCUGGAGAUCAUCAAGAGCGGGGUGCUACGCCAGCGGGAGCUGCACUACCCAUCCCGGGUGGCAGGCAGCCUGCUCCUCCUUCUCCAGGGCGUAGCCCCCGACUUCCUUGACUCCCUCAUCAGGAGCAACUAUAAGGUGGAAAACAUCAGAAGAACAUAG